CGGCGCGGGCGGCGCAUGCGCCGUUCGUCGCGCGGCGUCGGUGCGUGCGCGGCGGGAGACGCGCGCUCCGCCGGGGCGACGGUUCGGCCCCUCAUGGCCAAGCGGCGCGGGGAGCCGUUAGUGUGUCACGUGCCCUCCAAACGCCUCCUGCGCGAGCCGCCGUCGCCCGCCCGCGCUGCCGCGCCCGAGCGGCGCCCCCGGGGCGAAGCGGCGGCCGCCAGCCCCGCCGCCCCGAAGCGGAAGCUGGAGGAGGUGGAGGCGCCGCCGGGCAAGCGGCCUGGGCUGCGGGGGAGCAGCCCCCGCGGGGAGCAGGGGGAUGCGGGCGGCAGGCGGCGGCGGCGCGGCGGGCCAGCGGUGCCCCAGGACGAGCAGACGGCGGAGGGACGCGCCGGUGACCGGGGCAAAGAACGGGCCGCCGUUGCUGAGCAAGAAGAAGAAUUCUGUCAGUAUAACUCAUUCCUGUAUUGGAGAGCACCAUUGCCUACUAUUGAUUUGUCUGAUAUUCAGAACCUACAUGGAGAGACUCCACCAGAAGCUAAAACUUCUUCAAGGACUGAUACCAUGGAGACUGAAAUGGAGACCUGAUCCAUUGUUUCAGUUGUACAUCUACUUGCAGGAAACUUGUUUCCAUUGGGAUUCAGGUUUUUAUACUUGGGAGAAAGAUAAGCAUGCUUCUGCCUUCUUGAAAAAACAGUUUUAUGUCAGUCUGUGAAAGCAACUCUGAAUUGCCUGAGUGGAGGGGAUAAUCACUAUUGGGUACUUAAUAGUAAGCUGUCAGGAGGUGCACAGUGUGGAAGAUGCUAUGAUGUCUAGAAAGAAUGCUUGAAAACAUUGAGACAGACUAAAAGAAUACUAGAGAAAAGUAAGACUUCGGAAUACACUUAGAAGAAACAGGUGAAUAUGUUACAUGUCAAAAGGAAAUGGAAAAUUGUUUUGCCUGUCCUGAACAAAAAGAUGUAACUAUGGUACCCAAAAGUGAAAUAUUUAUCAUGUGAUUUUAUCAUAAAAGCACACAAACUGUAGUGAUUUUUAGUGUGGGUUUUUUUUCUGUGUAAUAGCUCAACCAAAAAAUAAGAGCCUACCAAACCAGACAAAACAUUCCCUUUUCUAUGCAAACCAAAACUACGUGUGGCAGGGAGGGGGAAGGAAAAGGGGAUCUUCUCUUCUUUAAGCUGACACUGCUCUGUAAGUUUUUCACAUUCUCCUUGUGAAGAAGUUAUUUCACCACCUCCUUUUUACUUUACCCAAACCAGUGGGCUGUGAGUUUCUAGGUUUUUCGUCCAUUCUCAAGUUAAUGCUGUUUUUUGUGGUGUUAACAGUAGCAUUGAAAUGGCUGGUGUGCACAGAUGUGUCAAGAAAACUUAAUGCAAUAUAAAAGUACCACACACAUUUUUCAAACUUAACUGCCUGAGGUGUAGCUUUUGUAGAGACCAUGAAUCUUGCAAAAGAUUUUUACAGAAGUUCAUUGAAUUAGUGUUUUUUGCUGUGAAUGGCAAACUUCAUGCUUGUCUUUGUAAUUUAUUUACAAGUUGAAGUACAAUUAGAAAUGCUUAUCUUCAAUAAUAGACUGAAGCUGUAUGAGCAGAAUGUCAGACUUUGCAAAUGUGAUUUGUCUUUAAGGAUAGAAAACACUGUAUUUUUGCUGGAAUUAUUGAAGAAGGCAGCUUGUGUUGUUUUGUUUUUUUGUUUUGUUUUUUUUUUUAAUAAUGUCUUUGCUAAUGAACAAUAAAGUUUUGCCUGUGUGUAUUUGAAAA